AGGGGAUUUGCUUUGGAGAUGCUCACAUUGCAGUUGGCAGCUGGAGGUUCUUGUCGCUUGGGAUUUGCUUACCUUGGAGGAUACUAACCGACAGCAACGACUUUCACAACACCGUCAUUUGGAGCCUGCAAGUGUGGAAUUAAUAUGAGGAAACCUUUGUUUGGCCGAAACCCAGGUUCACACCAACGCCUCCAUCAUUGUGUUUAGAGAAGCCGAGAGCAGCAUGCCCAGCUCUCGGUAAUACCACGUCCCACCCCCCUUGACGCCAAGCCCAGACACCGCCCCAGCUAGCACCUGCCUGCCUGUCUGCCCCCCCCACCCCCACCCCCCAGUCAUCCAGACCCAUGGACAUGAUGCUACCAUCCAGAGGUGCACCUAUGGAGUCGUCGAAGACCUCGUCCCCGCUGAGCGCCCACUGUAAGAGGCAACACUACUGGCGCGUCCGGAGAAAACUACGACCGGCCCGGGUCCUCACCUUCACCCUGGGCCUCUUGGGCCUCACCACAGUGUUCUCCUGGAGUGCCUUGUCCUGGACCGGCGUCACCCAGGGAAGGUGGUCCACCAACACGACGACAGCACACCCCACAGACCAAGGCCAAGGAGGAGGACAGUCCAAGACAGCUGUGCCCCAAAGAACUCUGCUGUCAUCCAAGCCAGGGAUGAGGGCCGAGGAGGAUAUGCCCAUAGCGAUGAGCUCGUCCAUGGAUGAGAUGAACCAUGGGGACUAUCCAACGGAUUUGUUCAACCUUGAGCAAAGGCGCCAAGGAGCAGUGUCUUUUCACAUGUUCGGCAUGCUGUACAUGUUCAUCGCCUUAGCCAUUGUGUGCGACGAAUUCUUCGUGCCGGCGCUGACCGUGAUCACAGAGAAGCUCGAAAUCUCAGACGACGUGGCCGGAGCCACAUUCAUGGCGGCCGGCGGCUCGGCCCCGGAACUCUUCACUUCCGUGAUCGGCGUUUUCGUCUCCCACAGCAACGUGGGCAUUGGGACGAUCGUGGGGUCGGCCGUGUUCAACAUCCUGUUUGUCAUCGGAAUGUGCGCCAUCUUCUCCAGGGAGAUCCUGAACCUGACCUGGUGGCCUCUGUUCAGGGACGUGUCCUUCUAUAUCAUUGGCUUACUAAUGCUGAUCUAUUUCUUUCUGGAUAACCAAAUCACCAUCGAUGAGAGUAUCGCCUUGCUGUCGUGCUACUUUGCGUACGUCACCUUCAUGAAGUUCAACGGCAGCGUGGAGCAGGUUAUCAAGAGCAGGCUGGGAGGGAACCAGGUGGACGAGAUCGAGGCAGCCCCCAAGGCAAUCACACCCAGUGAUGAUGAGAACAAGUUGACGGCUAAGCCCAGACUGCAGAGAGAAGGAAGCUGUGCCUCGCUGCACAAUACCCUGAUGAGGAACAGCAUCUUCCAGCUGAUGAUCCAUACCCUGGACCCCCUCCACGAGGGUAAUGACGGUCGGUUCAAGGAGAAAGCCUCCAUUCUCCACAAGAUGGCCAAGCAGAAAUGCAAAGAUGAUGGUGCCAACGGUAUUUCAGAGAGGAACAUCCCUAACAGCUCCAACGUAGCGGUGGAAGUCACUCCUCCCAUGAACGGCACCGUAGGAGGAGAAGAGGAAGAGGAGGAAGAUGAGGACCAGCCUCUGAGUCUGGCGUGGCCAGAGACCAACCGCAAACGUGUGACGUAUCUCCUCAUCCUGCCCAUCAUCAUACCACUCUGGCUCACUCUGCCCGACGUCAGGAGAGACACGUCAAAGAAGUUUUUCCCCAUCACCUUCCUGGGCUCCAUCUCCUGGAUCGCAAUCUUCUCUUACCUCAUGGUGUGGUGGGCUCACCAGGUUGGAGAAACGUUCUGGGUCACAGAGGAGAUCAUGGGUUUGACCAUCCUUGCAGCAGGGACCUCCAUCCCUGACCUCAUCACCAGUGUGAUCGUGGCCAGGAAGGGGCUGGGCGACAUGGCCGUGUCCAGCUCCGUGGGCUCAAACAUCUUCGACAUUACCGUAGGCCUGCCGUUCCCCUGGCUGCUGUGGAGUCUGUUGAACGACAUGAGCCCGGUGAUAGUGAGCAGCAACGGCCUGUUCUGCGCCAUCGUGCUGCUCUUCCUCAUGCUCCUGUUCGUCAUCAUCUCCAUCGCGGCGUGCAAGUGGAGGAUGAGCAAGCUUCUGGGCAUGCUCAUGUUCCUGCUGUACUUUGUCUUCCUCAUCAUCAGCGUGAUGCUGGAGGACAAGAUCAUCGUCUGCCCUGUGUCCAUCUGAGGACGACACGCAGGCAGGCACGCACGCACAUACACACGUAUACAUAUUUACACACACACACACGUAUAUGUAUAUAUAUAUAUAUAUGUAUCAUGUGAAUAAAAGGUAGGUGCACAAACAUGUAUGAACUGUAUGCACAAAUAGAAACACACAGGAAAGGAAGACACCGAUGCAGAAAAACCAGCACUUACACUCACAGAGAAAAGCAAAGAUACACACACACACACACACACACAGCGCCCUCUGCAGAGGGACAGGGAGAGACAAUUGGACAGAAGGACAACCUGAGGCCCUCCCUCAGAGAAGCACAAGUUAUUAUGAUGUCACAAAGGCCCGGCAGGGUGGGCGGAGCCUCAUGACACGCCCUCACUCUACCCAAUGAGAAGAGCUCCUUCCGUCGUGUAUUUUUAUUUUUGAAAGCUGUUGGUGACACGAUAGUCCAGGCUGUGAUGGGGAUUGGAAGACCUGUGUCUGGUGGCAUGAAUGGGGACAGAGGACUAACUGGUUAUUAUGUAGCAACCCCAGCCAGACACCCAGAUUAGUGCAACACUGAGUCUAAACCAUGGUGAGGCUUUGAAAACGUUGACAAGAGGUAUUUGGGUUUUCUCCUGUGCUUCCUGUGUGAGAGAAACAAAGACACAAAAGAGGGGGGGGGGGGGACAGGAGAAUGAGCGGGGAAUUGAGGAGUAGGCAGAGAGGAGAACUGGUGCAGACAACGAGAUGUUUAUAACUGCAUGUUCUACGAUGGUUCAGUGACACGAACUAUCGUAGAAUGCUAGUUCAGCGGCGUCCAGUGACGCGGUGCGUUUCUGUGGACGCCAUGUUCUGUUCUGUCCUCAAGUAGUUUAGUUCUGUCGAUAUGAACCUAUACUUUGUGUCAGAGGGUGCAGGUUAGGGUGUUUCCACUUCGUUUAAAUGGAGGGUCAUUUUUUCAUGGUUUGUCACUAUGGGGGCUUCUUGCAAAGUAUACCAUGUGACAGGAAAGGAUUUCGACAAUCGUUUUGUUUUCCAAUCAUUAGUAUUGUUGCGAUUUGCAAAUGUUAACUUAUAGGAGAAUCUAUUCUGAAACAUCAUUCCAUGAUUAAUACUUAUUUUUUUGCUUUGAUUGUAUUGUAUUUGUGUCCCACGAUGAUUUACUAUUUUCCUAUUAUGUCAUUUUCUCAGGUCUUCCUUUGCAAAAGUUUCAACAAAACAAAAAUCGUCUGUGCUGUUGUGGGACAGAUUAUCUAUUCGUAAUUAAAUAAUUAUAAAUGUUGUAUUUCUAAUUUUAGAUAGACAUAACAUGUCAUAAGAAUCCCUCCCCAAGUCCUCAACCCUAUCUUCACAGACGUGUCAACAUCGACAACUAAGGUGCAUCCAUUUAUGUUACUACUUGUAUUGUUUAUAACACUUUGUCUUUUUUAUCUAUGGUGCCCUUCACACAGCACUGUAUGAGAUAAAUGCAAUACAUCCUUCCCUACUUUACCCUAAGCUUUACCCUUUGUAAAACACACAAUAAUGAUGUCAGAACAACCAGAAAAGACCACUUUCUAGCGUAGCUCACAAGUAGAUUGAGACCUGAUAUUCUAUAUUAUUUUUCAAACUUGAAAACUUAUCAAAUAUACAAAAUAAGAAACUUUGCUUUCUGAUUUAUAAGGGAUCAACAAUUAAAUCCAAUUGCAACUUUUUUUUGUUUCCAAUAUUUCUAUAGAAUAAUAUUUUUCAGGAGCUUGAGUUGUGGGCAGAAUUUCAUUUCAGAUUUAAUAUAUGACAUAACACUGUUGUAAACCUUUGAUCAGACUGAUGGAUGAGUUACCAGCCCAAAUUCAGUUUCCAAAUAGAAAAAAGCUAUUUUAUGAAAGGUGGUAUGAGAAAUAUACUCAUCGCAUUACAUAUUUAUAAAACUCUGGGGCUCAAUACGUUUUAUAAUAAUUUUACCAAUGCUGUAGAAUAUGUGCAACCAUUUUAGAGGACAUAAUCAAAAAGGUUGGAUUUUCCUUUAUUUCAAACAGCAACCACAGCUAGGGGAGCCACACAUACACUUCAAACUCCAAGCUGUUUUCGUAUGGUUUCCAUGGUUUCCUAUGCGAGUGCUAAUAUUAAAGUAUGAAUGAAUAUAGAGAACAUGUCAGCAAUAUGUUUCAGGUCACAAUAGAGGUCAAUACUUUUGUAUCUCCCGUAAAGAUACUGUAUAUAAUCAUAAUCAUUUACUACUUUAAUCAUGAAUAAAACUGUAAAAACAAACCCCCCUAAAUCCUGCAACAUUAUAUCAGUCCUUCUGUAUAAAGUGUCAUAUGCUAAUAAAUAAAAAUUACAAU